AUGGCUUCAAGCGUCCCAAGACAAGUUUCAUACGACAACGAAAUAGAGGUUAUAACUGAACCGGAAGCUAAUGAAGGUCAUUUAACUGUGGCAGUAGAAGACGAACGUUCAAGUAGCUCGGUAAAAUCUACUAGUCCUGAACAGAAUAUAGCAUCACAGCCUCUCACUGGCGGGAAAAAAGUUGUGCGAACUUAUUCCAAAUCGCCCCAUUACCUGCCUUUAGCUCUUAUCGUUUGCGUUAUCAACCUACCGUUUGGAUGUUUAGCCGCCAUGUUUUCGAUACUCUCCAUGAAACAUGGACGUAAAGAAUCGUCGAGGUCAGCCACGUACGCCAAAUUGUCUUUAUGGUUAAGUUUAGUGGGUAUAGCUUGUUCUAUAGUCGUUGGAAUAUUUAUUACAGUGUAUUAUCUGGUAAUAGUGCCAAAUAUUAUCUCGUUAGAGGAAGAGCUUCAGACUUGA